AUGUCUACAAGCUUCUUAAUCGUAAGGCCUAAAAUUGGUGAUAACAAGACAUCUGAGGAUGCUAAAGUGAACAUCGAGCAGGAAAACAACAGCAGCUCGAACCCAGCAAAGGGUUCCAAAAGCUGUGCUACUUCUAGUACAACUACCAAGCCCAAGAAUGAUACUGAGAGAGGAGAGGCCAAAAGAGGCGAUGCCUUCCACAUUUCUGGGAAUAAAAUUGAGGGGAGCAAUUCAGUUAGUGUAGAAAUUUUCAUGUUUGGCAACAAAAACGUCUAUAAAGGCCACAAGAAAGAAAAACAAGUCGACUCAAGAAGUGGAGAAAAAACAAGUCGACUCAAGAAGUGGAGAAACCGACUCGGCCUCCGGUGGUGA